AUGCAACCACAGAACAAUCAAUCCAACCUCAACAACGGUCCCGGGGUCCGAACUUCUUUCUUUGAUUAUCGAUUCACAAACUUUUUCGGUGGAUCAAGUAUUGCAGGAAGCAUCCGAUCGUUUGAUCCGACUAGAAAUAAAAAUACAUUUGGUGAUCGUUUAGAUCUAUAUGAAGUCGAGUUUAAUCAGCCGAAGAAUCCAGCAGAAGAAGAGAAGCGACGAUUGGAUCACACGACAUUGGGUCGAAUCCGUAAGGUUCUCCGUGCAGGGUUCCCAGGACGUGAUCUGGACCCAAGGACGAGAAAGCCUCGGUACAAGUAUCCGACCAAUAAUAUCAAGACCACGAAGUAUACGCUACUCACGUUCCUGCCCGUCAACUUAUUGUUCCAGUUCAAACGAUUCUACAACAUCUAUUUCUUAUGUGCUGCAAUCUUUGUCUGUGCAGAGCCUUCACUCUCUCCCGUGACCGAGAUCUUGCCGUUGGCUAUGGUACUUACCAUUACGGCCAUCAAGGAUGCGCUUGAAGACUAUCGUCGCUACCAACAAGACAAAAGAUCGAACAGUCUUGAAUGUACAUUAGUCAAGGAAGGACAACUCAUUCCAAUCAAGAGCAAAGAUAUUUGUCCUGGCGAUGUGCUAAAGAUCUGUAAGAAUGACAAGAUUCCCGCAGAUGUAGUUCUCUUAUCCACAUCAAUGGAUGAAGGAGCUUGUUUUGUAGAAACGUCUGAAUUGGAUGGUGAAACCAACUUGAAACGGAAAGCAGCUCUGGCAUUGACUUCAGGUCUGACUACAAAGGAACAAAUCUCCUACUUAACGGGCACUAUCACAACAGAAAUGCCAAACGAACGCUUGUCUAGAUUGGAUGGUCGAAUCCAGGGCGGCACUGGUGCUGGUGUUGGCUCUGGUGCUGGUGCUGGGCGCUUCAAAUUGGACGAAAUUGCACCAGUGACCAUGUCAAAUGUGGUGCUUCGAGGAUCUUGGCUCAAGAAUACAGAAUGGGUUUAUGGUGUAGUCUUGUAUGCAGGCGUGGACACGAAAAUGAUGCGAAACCUCAAGAACACAGGGCUCAAAUUCUCGACUAUGGAGACAAAAUUGAACCGCAUGAUUGUAGCGAUCUUUGUGUUCAAUGCGUUCCUUCUCGUUAGUUCCAUGUGUUUUGCAUAUGUGGGCGAGCGAGCUCGUUUUUUGAAUCCUCCAGCAGCCUGGUAUACAACUCAGGAAGGAUCCGAAUUUGUGGAACAGCCGACGAGCGCAAGAUUGUUUGUGGGCCAGUUGAUGAACUUUUAUGUGAUCUAUACAUUUGUGAUCCCCAUCUCGGUCUUUAUCUCUGUAGAAUUGUGCCGUGUGGUGCAAGCACUUUGGAUGAUUUGGGAUGAGGAGAUGAGGAGCUACACAGAAGCAAGGCUGAAGAAAAAGAAGAACAAGAAGAAGAAGAACUGGACUCGGAUGCAUGUCCGGAACUCUAAUCUGAAUGAAGACCUUGGAGCAGUCGAGUACAUCUUUUCGGACAAGACUGGCACAUUGACUCGAAACGUAAUGAAGCUAUCAAAGUGGCAUAUUGGCGGGCGAACAUUCCAUGAGCUUCAGCAACCCGGCUCAUUAGGACAACGAAUGCGAGAUCCCUCCAUCACUGAUGAAGAAUAUGACUUGCUGAUGGCGUUUUGCCGAAACAUUGUGGUCUGCCAUUCAGUUAUACCCUGUGAGGAUUCCAAGACUGGAGAGCUCCUGUAUGAGGCUCAAUCACCUGAUGAGUCUGCAUUGUUGGAGGCAUUGAGGGAUAAUGGUGUGGUCUUGAAAGCCAAGACCAAAGAUUCGGUCACAGUCGAGAUCUUUGGUAUCGUGACUGAGACCUAUCGUGUUUUAAAGGUGUUGGAGUUCACCUCAGAUCGCAAGUGUAUGUCAGUCAUCAUUGAUACACCUCAAGGGAUCCAGUUGUUCUGUAAAGGUGCUGACAAUGUGAUCUUGGCCCGAGCAGAUAAUCAAGAGAACGACCCGUUGUUGAUGCGACAGUUGGACUCGACAGUUCGAAGAUUCUCGAUUGCUGGAUUACGAACUCUCAUGUUGGCAUGGCGGCCUCUCAGUCCGGAAGAAUACCGUAAUUUUGAUGAGAAAUAUUCCAAAGCUGAAUGCCACAUUGGCGGCACUGGCGAGGGUGAGGAUGCGACCGAAGAUCGUGAAGAGCUGAUCCGAGUAGCUUGUGAGACUAUUGAGAGCCGACUUCGAUUACUGGGUUGUACUGCGAUUGAGGAUCGUCUACAGGAUCAAGUGCCCGAGACGAUCGAGUAUCUGAUGGAAGCUGAUAUUAAGAUUUGGUUAUUAACGGGCGAUAAACAAGAGACUGCGAUCAACAUUGGUAUUUCCUCUCGUUUGAUCUCGCCUGCCAUGAAGAUUUUGGUAUUAAAUGUCAAGACGGAGCGGGACUGUCGGUUGGUACUGGAGUAUUUUGUAGAGAAGAUCAAGGAACGCGACCAGAAGGAUCGAUACGCGCUUGUAGUUAAUGGAGAGAGUCUUGCGUUUGUCCUUGGAAAUGAGAUCUUUGAAGAUAUGUUCCUUCGUAUUGGAACCAACUGUCACUCGGUCAUUUGCUGUCGUGUCACGCCUCUCCAAAAGGCACUGGUAGUCAAGCUCGUCCGCAAGGAACUACACAAGGUGACACUAGCAAUCGGUGAUGGCGCCAAUGACAUCUCAAUGAUUCAAGCUGCUCAUGUAGGCGUAGGUAUCGAGGGUAUGGAAGGUGCACAGGCUGCAAGAUCAUCGGAUUUCAGUUUCAAACAAUUCAAAAAUCUAAGACGUCUCUUGACAAUUCAUGGGCGAUACUCUUAUUUGCGGAUGAGCAAGAUUAUCUUUUUCUCAUUUUACAAAUCAAUUUGCCUGAUCACGGUUCAAUUCUGGUUUGGAUUUAUGAACGGAUGGUCCGGUGGACCGUUGUAUGAUGAACAUUUCUUGACGCUUUGGAACAUGGUAUUCACAGCUCUUUUGCCCAUUGCCACAGCCUGUUUCGAAAAGGAUGUGGAGGAAGAGAGCAUUGGACAGUACCCAAAGCUUUUCAAGGCUGUUAAAGAUGGACUCUACUGGAAUACACUCACCAUGGCUGGAUGGGGUCUUGCCUCACUCUGGCACUCUGGUGUUCUGUUUGGAGGAAUUUACGGCUCGAUCAUGCAUGGGAUUGUCAGCGGAGACUCUGUGGCGUUGGAUGUUUCCAUGGUUAGCUUCAUUGCCGGUUCAUUGGUCCUGAUCACAGUGACACUCAAGAUGUUGUUAAUGAUCUCACAUUACACAAUGCCAAUUAUCUUGGCUCUCGGAAUUAGUAUGGGAGGAUAUUUACUCGUUUGGAUUGGACUUGAAAUUGUUGGCUUGAUGGAGACCGGAGUCUUUGGAAUGCUGCAUUCGCUGCCGUUUUAUUAUUUGGCUCUAUUGGUGAUACCCGUGGCAUGUCUCUUACCGGAUUAUGCCCUAGAAUAUUGUCGCCGACAAUUCUGGCCUUCGGAUGCUGAAAUCAUUCAAGAGGAACAACGCUUGACCAAGAUGAAGAAGGCACAGUUAGUGGCUGAUGCUGCCUCUGCUGGUACUACUGGUUUCAGUAUCUUUGGGAGGAAGAAAAAGAACAGUGACAAGGAUGGGAAGAAGGCAGCUCAGGAUUUAGAAGAUCAAGAGGCCAUUAUGGAGACGGAUCUGGAUCGCGAGCGAGAAAAGAUACGCCGUCUCCGUCAUCAGAGACAAGGAGAAGAAGAGACUGAGACGGAGACGGAGAAUGAUGAAGAUGAUGAAGAGGAGGAUAGAGAAGGAAGAAUGCAAGGUGUGGAUGUUCAAGUGUACAAUGCGGAUGAGAAAAGUUCGUUUGGCACGGGCGUUGGACACAAGUUUUGA